AUGCCCACCACCAAGCCCAAGCCUGCUUCGCCAUUUGGCCCCAACAUCUUGCCGGCCCAGUCGACGACAUCGCACUGGCAGCGGAGUACCGCAGGCAAUGCCUUUGCGACGUGCGGCAUGAACGACGCGUUGCCCGCUGAUGCCGAUGUCGUGAUCAUUGGCAGUGGUCUGUCUGGUGAGUCUCGGAGAACGUUUCAGUCAACUGACAACAGGCGCGGUGACCGCCCACAGCCUGCUGUCCUCUCCCAACCGCCCGGCCUCGGUGGUCAUCCUCGAAGCCCGCGAGGUGUGCUCUGGCGCCUCGGGAAGGAACGGCGGGCACUGUCGCCCGGACGCCUUCCGCGGCUUCACCUCUUUCGCCCAGCUGCACGGCCCCGAGCAAGCCAAGAAGAUCCUCGAGUCGGAGGCAAUCACAUUGAACAAGUCGGUUUUGGGAGUGGUGGAGAAGCGGUGGCUGACGUCAGGGUUGCUGCGUUUGUUGACAAGCACAACAUCGAGUGUGAGCUUGUCCUCCGCCCAACAAUGGACGUAUGCCUCACCGACAGCUUUGAAGAAUACGAGACCAAGGCAUUCGGUCAAGCCAAAGCGGGCGGUAUCGACCUCAGCGGCGUCAAGCACCUCAGCAAGGAUGUCACCGCAAAAGAAUGCCAGGCGCCGGACGCCGUCGCAGGCUGGCAGUGGUCAGCGUCGUCUGUCAACCCCUUGAAACUCGCGUACGGCGUAUACCGCGCAUGCUACGCCCUGGGCGGGUUUGGUCUGUACGCAUAUGCGCCAGUCACCGAGGUUGUGCCCAACGCCACCUCCUCACACCCGUGGACCGUCGUCACUCCCCGUGGCAGCGUCAACGCCGCCAAGGUGGUCCAUGCCACGAACGCAUACAGCAAGCUUCUCCUCCCGGAGCUUGACGGCCUCGUCCAGCCGUUCAGGGCUGGCGCAGUAAAGCUCGCCCCCGCCCCCAACAGGGCAUUCAAGCCUCUUCAGCCGACCAUGUCUCUCCGCCGGGAGCUGCACCACUUUUACAGCGUUGCACCUCAACCAGACGGCGGUAUCGUGCUCUCGUGCUCUCGAACAUGGACGGGACAGUCUCCCGACGAAUACCAGGAUCUCUUCGACAACAUGGAUGACUCGUACGCGCCUCUCGUACAGGCCAUGGACACUGUGACACAGGUGGCCAAGGCCCUUCCCAGCGCUCAAUAUGGCCCCAGUCGAGCUGGCGGAGUCGAGUCGAACUGGAGUGGCAUCAUUGGUUUUACACCCGAUGCCGUUCCGUUUGUCGGUCCCCUCCCAGACAAGCCUGGGCAGUAUGUGAUCGCUGGGUUCAAUGGUCACGGCAUGGCUCGUAUUUUCCACACUGCACCUUGCCUCGCCGACGUCAUGGUCGGAGGCAUGGACAAGUGGGAUCCUACUGUCCCAACUGCGUUCAUCAUCACCACAGAGCGCCUUGAGAAGCUCCGGGCCAUGGACACCGACUCUGUCGUGAAGAGCAGCGAAGAGGCCAAGCUUGGUCAAGUGAACGAGCGGGCCAAACUUUAA